AUGGCUACGUUAAACAAAGCUGCCAGAGCGGCCCUGGCCAAAGAAACCAUCAAUAAGCAGAUCCCUUCCAUUUUGGCCUCAAACCCUAGAGCUAGCUCAGGUGUCCAGAGAGUCCAGCGUUUGCUCGGCAGUGUUGACCUUCCAAAGCUGAUUGUUCAAGAUGGCGAAGAUGGUGCAGCAAAAUCGAUGCUUGACAUUACAAUACGGCCAGUAGACACCCUCGAGGCUGCAAGAUAUAUUCUUGAUCGUCAACCCCAGGCACGAGUCGCAGUUUUGAACAUGGCGUCUCCACUACAGCCCGGUGGAGGCGUUUUGCGAGGAGCUCGGGCACAGGAGGAAAGCCUUUGCAUGCGGUCGACACUGUAUCCCAGCUUGCGGUCACAAUGGUAUCGUCACAAGCCAGAUACAGUUAUAUAUACACCAGAUGUCCUCGUUUUCAAAUCUCCGUCCCCUGAUCUCAAGCUUUUGGAUCCCAAAGAUCAGAUCUACGUUGAUGUCAUCUCUUGCGCGGCACCAAGACACCCAGAUGUCAAGCAACUUGACGACGGGACUCUAAAGUACGAAGACCCAAAGGACGAAGAGGCAAUGGCUUUGAAGAUAAAAUACAUCAUGCGUACGGCAGUGAAGAUGUCAGCAACGCAUGUCGUUCUUGGGGCAAUCGGUUGUGGUGCCUACCGAAACCCAAUCAAAGAAGUGGCCGGCAUGAUGCGUCGGUGUCUUCUUGGGCGUGGGAAGGGAAGGCCACUAGAUGAAGACUGGGCUGCUGCUGGAGUGAAGAGUAUCGUGUUUGCUAUCCUCGAUGAUAGCCCGAAACAGCUGGUUUGGAACGGGUUUGUCGAAGAAUUUGCUGGGCAUGAGAAUGUGGUUAUUGAAACUAUCGGUUAA